CGUGACGACGAUUGCCAGGAAUUGCAGCUUAGCCUUCCGCUCGAGCUUCCUGCAGGAUGUUUUUGAAAUCGUUUUUUUAAUAGCCUCCAGUUUCAGGCUCCCCUCGUCAUGGGCACCUUCCACGUUGGCUGUCCGCUUACAUUGAAGCCGAUAUGUCGCUGCUCUUUCGGCUCCAUCGGACCAGUGGCUGCCUGCCAUGUGGACGCGCAAACAGCCGCGCUGGCUUGGUCCUUGUGGGAGCGGGGGAAGCUUGGGAUGCCGAGGACGCGAGUGGGGGGACGAGAUGAUGCGGAAACUGGCGAUACUGUACCGGAUGGUGCUGUAACGGAUGGUGCUAUAACGGAUGGUUCUGUAAUGGAUGGUGCUAUAACGGAUGAUGGGUUACUGUACGAUGGAAUGGUGGAGAUUGACGUCCCGCCUUGUGAGAGCGAAGACGACUGGGAUGAUGGUGGGGAGAUCGUUCAGCCUAUCCUGCAUGCGCCGCGACCACCUCAUGCUGGUUACCACCCGGCUGGUUACGUGCCUGGCUCGGUUUUGGCUACGGGGGGGGAAGCAGCUUGGGGCGUGUCAGCCUUUGGAGACCAGGCACUGGACCCAUCAGUGACAGCAGCAGGAGGGGCAGCAGCAGGGGACGGUAUUCCCAAGCCUAGGAACCAGGGCCCCAGGCGUCCUCCCAAGCCUAAGAUGUCGGCUCGGGCCAAAGCUCUCGCUGCGAGCAAGAAGGGCAAAGCUGGGGCAGCAGCUAAGGCGGCCAGAGCGCAUGCUGCUGCCACUGCCGCUGCUCUUGCAGCGGGGCUCCCGCCGCCUCCCUUGCCUGCUGUGGUCGUUGCUGCUCUCGCUGCUGCUGCCAAUAGUGAUGAUCCCCUUCCUCCGUUUCUUGCUGCUGCUGCGGCUGCUGUUGCUGCUGCCGAUGCGGCGGCGGCCAAGGCUGCUGGCAAGCCUGGCAGUAGUGGCACCGCCGCUGCUGCGGCUUCUGUGCGUGCUGGUACUGGUGCUGGUGCACGUGCUGCUGACUCGUCUGAUCUAGAGCCUGUGCUCUCUCCGCCCCCUAGAACUGCCCAAUCACGAACGAAUCUUGCAGCUGCUGCCUCCCCCUUGCCAGCCACGCCCUCCAAGGGUGCUACAGCUGCUGCAGGUGCUGUUACUAUGGCUGCAGCGCCUUCCCCUGACCUAUCAGCCAGUGCGUCUCUUGCAUCAUCAGGCCCGGAAUCUGAUGCACCACCACCACCACCACCACCAGCACCAGCAACAGCAGCAGCAGCAGGUGCCGGGGCUGCCCCUGAGCCAGCAAAAGAAAGAAGGUGUACGAUUAAGAUCAAGGGAGGCGCUCAGAGGAAGGUUCUUGUGUUGGUUUCACCUGAAAAACCACCUGAGAUGCCGGCGGGGCAGUCUGGCCGCCCGCCUGCUGCAGGUGGUUACUCAGGGUUGAAGGGAGCUGAGUCAGCUACAGUGCGGAGUGAGUCAGCAACAGUGCGGAGUGAGUCAGCUACAGUGCAAAGUGGAUCGUCUACGGUGCCACUGGGGAGUGAAAUAGUGCCCAGAAAGCCAAAGCACGUUAUCAUCAUUUCACGGAAGAAACAGGCUGCAGAGGAUGGCGCUGGUGGUGCUGCUGCUGCUGGUACUGCUGGUGCCGCUGGUGCUGGUGAUGCUCUUGGUGGUGGUGGUGCUGCUGCUGGUGCAGAAACAGUGCAUAGGAAACCAGAAAUUGUGGUGGCAGCGAGGGGGAAGCAGGUAGCUGGUGGGGAGAGUGGUACUGGUGGGGAAGCGGGAGGUGGUGGCAUGGGUGGGGAAGGAGGGAAGGUGGGAGUGAGGCUGAAGUUAAGGCGCAGGCUCAAGGUGAAGCUGCUUGAAGGGAAGGUGGUAGUAGAGGGAGAUGCGAAGGCAGGGAAGGGCGGUGAGCAGGGGACGAAGGACGGUGGCGCUCUAGCCCAAGGGGGGCCUGGACGACGAGGAGAGGGAGGGGAGGGUGCGAAGGCAGGGGAGAGAGGAGAGAGACGAGAUGAUGGGGGGGAGAUGAGGGAGGGGGGAAAUGGAGGGAAGGAAGGGGAGGGAGGCGAGAGUGGAAAGAGAGGGAAGAGGGAGGAGAGAGAGAAGGGAGGGGUGACAGGAGCGAGAGAGGAAAGGGGAAAAGAAGGAAUCAAGAGGGACAGGGAGGAGAAGAAAGCGAGGACACGUGAGGCAGAGGAAGGGGGAGAGGGAGGGAGGCGAGGCACGAGAGAGGGGAAAGCGGAGGGCGAGAAGGGAGGGAGGAGCGUGGAGGAAGAGACAGGGGGGUUGCUGAAGAUGGUCCCUCCAAAGAGGGGACGACCUGUCGGUGGCUCCAAGGCAGCAGCAGCAGCAGCAGCAGCAGCAGCAGCAGCUGCUGCUGCUGCAGCAGCCACCGCAGCUGCAGCGGCGGCAGCGGCAGCAGUAGCUGACCCUGACCCUACUGCCAGUACCCCUGAUGCGGCUGUGGCUGCUGCUGCUGUUCCUGAUGCUACCAGUGAUGCUGCUCGCUCUCCUGCCGCUGAUGCUGCUGCUGAUGCUGUGGCUGAAGCAGCGGCCGAAGGAGGGGAGAAGGGUGGCGAGGCGACACCGUCAAAACUGCUGAAAGCAGCAAGAAAGGGGCGGGGAGAGAAGCUGAAGCCGUGUGUGAUCGCCCUAGAGGCUGUGGAGGGGAGAGAAGGGGGCGGGGAGAAGGGAGGGGAGGAGAAGGGUGGGGCGGAGAAGGGUGGGACGGAGAAGGAGGAAGAAGAGGAGAGGGGGGAGGCGGCGGUGGGAAAUAAAGGCCGGGAAACGGGUAGGGAUGACAAAUUGGGGGGAGGUAGCAUGGUGGGUGGAGAUGGAAGGGAGAGGGGGAGGGAAAGGCAUGGGGAUGGGAGGAGGAGGAAGCGGCAUGAGAGGGGGAGAGAGAGAGAGGUUGUGGGGAAGGUGGGGGGAGAGAGGGAUGAGGCAGCCGAGGGGUUAGAGAGAGAGGAAGAUACAGGGGGGAGAGGAGGGGGAGGAAGGGAGGAUGGAAGGGAGGAUGCAAGGGUUUCAAAUGUAUAUGCUGAGGGUGAAGAAAGGGGGGAGACAGGCAAGGGGGUGACGAGGCGUGAUGGGAAGAGGAGGGAGCGAAGGGAGGAGGGGAAAGGGAGUGUGGAGGAGGUGGGUGGGGAGGAACGACAGGAGGUGAGGAAAAGAAGAGGGGAGGAGGAGCAGAGGAAGGGACGGAGGGAGGAGAGGGAGGGGAGUGGGGCUGAGGAGGGGCAGGAAAACGAAGGGAAGGGAGGGAGACCAGUGCGGCAUGAGGAGACAGGGCGACAGAAGAGGAAGGAGAGAGGGAGGGAGGGCAGCGGUAGGAAGGGAAGUGGGGAUGGAGGGGGGGAGGAAGGUGGGGCAGAAAGGGUCACGGAGGGAAGAAGGAGGGCAGUGGCAGUAGAUCGGGAGGAGGGAAAGGAGGGGGAAAAGAAUCACAGGGGCGACAGAGAGGUGGAUGAGCAGGCAGAGGAGGCUGCGAGAACUUUUGAGUCGACUCAAAAGUCACGUUGUUACAAUGAGGGGGGGGAGGAGGCGGAGGGAGGGGACGGGGCAAGGGAGGAGAGGGAGGAGGCUGUAAGUGGGGUAAGGAGGGUGCACGAGUGGAGGGGAGGGAGAACUGGGAGAAGGGGAUGGGAGGGGAGUGAGGGGGGCGAGGGGAGUGUGUGUUGUGGGCUGUGUGUGGGCGAGGAGGAGGAGGGGAGUGUGAAGGCUUCUCGCAUGGUCCCCUGCCCUCAGUGCGGUCGCAGGUUCCACCGGCACUGUCUGCUGGGAAUGGCUGAGAACAGAGGCAAGCUCGACUGGCGGGACUGGGUCUGCCCUGGAUGCAUCCGCUGUGAGGCCUGCCACCGGUAUGGAGAGCCGAGUUCCAUCCUGUGCUGCUACCGCUGUGACCGGGGCUACCACGCUGCUUGCACUCAGCUGCACACCAAGUCCCCAUUCAAGGGUCCCUUCCUCUGCCCCAGCCACACGCAGUGCCACAGCUGUGGCUCCAAAGUGCCUGGGAGUGGCACGUCCUCACGCUGGUUCUUCAACUACAUGCUGUGUGACGCCUGUGGCCGGCUCUUUGUCAAGAAGAAGCACUGUCCCGUCUGCCUCAGGGUGUAUCGGGACUCUGAGCCAACCCCAAUGGUGUGUUGUGACAAAUGCGAGCACUGGGUGCACUGCGCGUGUGAUAAUAUCAGUGACGAGCAGUACAUGCAGUAUCAGACGAACGCUGACCUCUCCUACACCUGCCCUGCCUGCCUGGGCCACGCUCCGAGUGUGGCAACAGCAGCCGAGGCAACUCAAGAGCUCUGGGCGCGGUUUAAAGAGCGGGUGAAGCACAGCAAGGUGGGAGGAGGGGAAGGGGGAGAGGGGGAAGCGGAGGAGCAAGAGGAGAGUAUUUGGUCCAAGAAGAGAGGACAGAGGAAGGAAAAGAGGGAGGCCAGAGAGGGCGGAGUGGGUAAAGAGGGCAGAGAGGGUAGGGGAGCGGUGUUGCUGCUGGCUAAGAGGGAGGAGCAGGAAGGCGAGGAGGAAGGGGGGAAAGGGGAGGGAGAAGGAGGAGGAAGAAGGGGAGGAGAGGCGGAUGGGGGAAGAGGGGAGGGAAGAAGGGGGAGGGGAGGGGAUGGGGAAGAAGGGGGGGAGGAGGAGGGGGAGGAAGAGAGGGAGAAGGCCCCUCCCCCGUUUUCAGAGAGUGAGGGAGAGGAGGAGGGGGGAGGAGAACAGGGAGGAGGAGGUGGUGCUGAUGGUGUGGGCAGGAGGGGAAGGAGGGCGGGGGUAGGGAAGGAGAAGGGUGGCGAAGACGAGGGUUUAGGGAAGAGGAAAAGGAGGAAAGGGGCAAGAGAGGAGGAGGAAGUGGUCAGAGAGGGCGAUGGGGGAGGGGAGAGGAAGAGGAGGAGGAGGAAGAGUGGCAAGGGGGAGGAGGAAGAAAGGGCAGAGGAGGGAGAGGAGGGGGGUGAGGGACGAGGGGAGGAGGGGAUACGAGUGCGAAUAAGGCUGAAGAGGAAGAGAGGGGAGGAUGUGGGGGGGGAGGAUCAUGAGAAGGAACGAAAGGGAGAGGGGAGGGAGAGGAGGAAGAGGAGGGGAGAGCAGGAAGAGGCGAGAGAAAGGGGCGAAGAAGAGAAGGAUGAAGCAGCAGGGGAGGAGGGAACUAUUGGGGAGAGACCAACAGAGAAACGUACUCAAGCAGAGGGAAAAGGGCGGGUGGGAGAGAGAGUAGGAGGGGAAGCAGGAGAGGUUGGGGAUUUCCAAGAGGAGGUGAAGAGGAGGAAGAGGAGGCGGAAGGAAGGGACGGAAGACGAGGGGAGAGUAAGUGAGAAGGGAGGGGAAGUUAGGGAGGGAGAGGAGGCGGAGGAGGAAACAGCAAGGGAGGAGGGUGAUACGAGGAAGGGAGAGGGCGUGGAUGGUCGGACCAAGGAGGGCGGAGCACUAAGGAGCGAGGAGCACAGGGAGGGGCAGAGACGGGGGCAGCAAGAGGGAUGCAAGGAAGCAGUGGGGAAGGGGGACGAGGAUAAGGAGAAAGAGAAGUGCGGGGCAGAGGCGGAAGAAGCACGGGGGAAGGAGGAAGCCAAGGAGAAGCUAGGGGAGAAUCGAGGGGAUGAGAAGGAAGAGGAGCAGGAUGAAGGGCGGGGGAAGGAGGGGCGGGAAAAUGUGGGUGGCAGAGUGAAGGGCAUGGCCGGCAUAGAUGUGAUUAUAGGGGGUGCUGGGCGGGGGCGGGACACCAAGGAAAAAGGGCGAAGGGAACAGGGGAGGGGGGAACAGGGGCGGAGCUUAGGUCGGGGGGGUGUAGGUUCGGGGAGCGCAGGUUCGGCAGGUGAGAAGGUUGGGGAUGGGGAGGAGCACAGCAAGGUUACAGAGCCCCCUCCUGCUCAUCGCGCUCCUAAUAAUGCUGCUGCUGCUGUGAAUGAUGGUGGUGCUGGUGCUGUUGCUGGUGCUGCUGCUGGUGCUACUGCUGGUGCUGCUGCUGGUGCUGCUGGUGGGGAUGGAGGGGUGAGGGGGCUGAAGCUGAGGAUUCGAAGGGCGCUUGAGACGGGAGGAGUGAGAGGAGGGAAGGACAGCGAGAAAGAGAGCAAGGCAGGCCUGUAGUUCACAGGGGUGCCUGAGCUAGCACAAGGCCAGUUCGAUUUAAGGACUGAGGGUCCUAACUGUCAAACACAUCUGUGUGAUGUUGUAGACCAUAUAGGGUUGUGCCUUAGAAAGUACAGCCCCCUAGGUUAUAAUGCCUUGUACUCUCACAUUCUAGUCAUUCUUUCAGUUUGACAUGGGCUGACUUUUCAAAAAAAUGCACUCUGAUUUUACCCCCAAAAAAAUUCCGCAAGUCUGAAGGACCAUUUUCCAGAUUUUGCCUACUCUGAAAUCUCAGUAUCC